AUGAAGCAAUUAAAGUUAGGAAUGUUGAAAAUGCAAGGAUCUUCCUUUGUUGGUGAUGGGAAGGGUGUGAAUGAACGAGAGAGACUCAGAGAUCAGACAAAUACACAACAGGAUGAUGACUGGACAAUGAUGAAUCCCAAAUGCCAUGCAAAUCCAAUAUGGUGGAAGAGUAAUGAUACAAUGACAUUCAUUGUGAACCAAAACCAAACACAAUUAGUGCUAGACAUCCAAAGUUAG